AUAAUCCAUCAAGAUUUAAAAAACGCCAUGCGAAAUCGAUCAAAUGAACAAGAUUUCCGAAAUCUCUCGCUCGAUGUCUUUCUACCGUGAAUACAGUAGCUAGCUAGUUUUGAUUUAUUAUAAAUCAACGAGCAAGAAACCAUAUCAAUCCAGCUGCAGAUAGCUUUAACUUAACAAUUUCUCUCUUUUUUCACGACCCUUGAGAAAAAAAAUGCAGAUCUUCAGCAAAGUGUUGACAGAUACUGAUGUUCGUUUUCGGUUCUCGUUCCCAACUCAUUGCUUACAGCAUUUAGAUUUUGGUGGAAAUAAUUCUGUUGAUUUGCAUGUUAAAGAUAGCUGUGGUGAGCUUCGAGUUAUUCGUUGCCGGAUCAGAAAUGGAGGAUAUGACAAGCCAGAGCUUUCUAUGGGCUGGCGUAAGUUUGUAGCUGAUUAUGGACUGAGAGUUGGUGACAAGGUUGUUCUUCAUCGUGAGGAUGACCAGAACCUGGGGUCACAGUUCAGGAUUGAAGCUAAGAGGAGUAUCAAGCUGUUUGGUAAGGAGGAUUGGGGUGAAGUGACAAGAGCUAACUAGCUAUUAUUUGCA